UUAUAACUUUUGAGAGGUGUGGUCUGAGUUGAGGAUACAUGUACUGAAUGGUUUUGGAGGCUUUGGAGUUCAAGAUUCCUUCCUGCCGAGUGAAGUCAAAAAGAUCCAGCUCAAAACGACUUUGUGAAGUGUGCAGCUAUUUCUUCAAUUCACACGGGACUUUAUUUUGCGACAACCGUGCAGAAUCAAUCGCAUUUGUGAAGCAGAACUGCGUAGCGGGAGGAAAUGUCUUUUUCCUGGUCGUUAAACUUCAGCUGACGAGAGGCUGCGUCCGACUGUCACUUGAACAGCGUUUAUUCCAGCUAUUUCAGCGUCAUUUGAAAUUGAUCAAAGGCACCUCUCCCUCUACACCAGGAAUCUCUCCCUCUACACCAGGAAUCUCUCCCUCUACUGCAGGAAGCUCUCCCUCUACACCAGGACACAAAGGAGAGGAGGGAUUCCAUCGUUCAUCCAUCUUACCCAAGGCUCCACAGUUGAAAAGGUCAUCAGUCUGUCCAUCCAUCUAUUCAUCGAUCCAUUAAUCCAUUCAUCCCUCCCUCCAUCGGUCAUGAUAUCCUGGGACUGGCUAAGGGGAGCGUCCAUGCUACUGGCGUUCCACGCCUCCGUCUCCACGGUGUUGAUUGGGAACGGUAACCGCGGUAACGGUACGGCCCUUGGCUGGGAUGGUAUUCUGGAGAAGUACUUUGUUGAAGAGGGGGACUGGUGGCAGGCCAAGCAGAGAGGGAAGAGGGCCAUCACAGAGGCAGACAUGAGCGCCAUACUAGAUCUGCACAACAAGCUAAGAGGACAGGUCCACCCACCUGCUGCUAACAUGGAACACAUGGAGUGGGAUACAGAGUUAGAGCGUACGGCGGAGGAGUGGGCUGAGACUUGUCUUUGGGAACACGGUCCGGCUGGUCUGCUCCCCCAGAUAGGACAGAACCUGGGAGCGCACUGGGGAUGGCCACGCCCCCCUACUUCCCAUGUGCAGGCCUGGUAUGAUGAGGUGAAGGACUAUUCCUUCCCUUACCCCCAGGAAUGUGACCCCUACUGCCCCUUUAGAUGUUCCGGCCCCGUCUGCACCCACUACACACAGUUGGUGUGGGCCACCAGCAGCAGGAUAGGCUGUGCCAUCAACAUUUGCUACAACAUGAACGUGUGGGGUCAGAACUUGGCUAAAGCUGUUUAUCUGGUCUGCAACUACUCACCCAAGGGGAACUGGUGGGGUCAUGCACCCUAUAAACACGGCACCCCCUGCUCUGCCUGCCCCCCCAGCUAUGGAGGACGAUGCAAGGACAACCUCUGCUGCAAAGACAAAGUUACAGAGUCGCAGAGAUCUCGGGAGGAAACCGAGGAAAACAAUUACAUCGAACCAGAGGCCCCCAGGAGCCCCCAGAAGCCACGCCCAAGGGCCCCCCAGCCAAAGUCCCCCCCUAUGGCCAAGACCCCCGCCCCCCCCUCCACCCCCCCGCCAGAGGAGCGGGAGAGGAAUGCGGUGGUCAAUACACAGCAGAUGUCUCAGCUUGUGACCUGUGACACUAAGCUACGAGAUCAGUGCAAAGGGACCACAUGCAACAGGUACGAGUGUCCUGCCGGCUGUCUAAAGUCCACAGGGAAGGUGGUUGGGACAGUACACUAUGAGAUGCAAUCCAGUAUCUGCCGAGCUGGCCUCCACUCUGGAGUGGUAGAUAAGGAUGGAGGAUGGCUGGACGUCACCAGACAAGGCAGGAAGGACUUCUUCAUCAAGUCCAACAAGAAUGGAAUUCAGUCUCUCGGGAAGUAUCAGAGUGCCAACUCUUUUAUCAUCUCCAAAGUAGCAGUGAAAGCUAUCACCUGUGAGACCACGGUGGCUCAGAUGUGUUCAUAUCAAAAGCUUGUAAAGCACUGCCCAAGGUUAUAUUGCCCCCGGAACUGCAUGGAGGAGAACCCUAACAUAUCACGGGUCAUCGGAACCGGAAUCUAUUCAGAUAAAUCCAGUAUAUGCCGUGUGGCGGUUCACGCAGGGGUGCUUCAGAACAAUGUGGGUGGCUACAUCGACGUGAUGCCGGUAGACAAGCGGAAACAGUACAUUGCCUCGUACCAAAACGGCAUUAAUUCCGAGAGUCUUCAGAACCCACCAGGAGGAAAGGCAUUCCGGGUGUUUGCUGUGAUCUGAAUGUUCCGUGUUCUGACCGGGUGUUCCAUGUUCUGGCUGAGUGUUCCAUGUUCUGACUGAGUCUUCCGACUGAGUGUUCCGUGUUCUGACUGAGUGUUCCGUGUUCUGACUGAGUGUUCUGUGUUCUGACUGAGUGUUCUGUGUUCUGACUGAUUGUUCCGUGUUCUGACUGAGUGUUCUGUGUUCUGACUGAUUGUUCCAUGUUCUGACGGAGUCUGAAUGAGUGUUCCAAAUUCUGGCUGAUUGUUCCGACUGAGUGUUCCGUGUUCUGACUGAGUGUUACGUGUUCCGAAGGUCAGGGGCUCCAUCUCUCCUCUCUCACCAAACACAGAAUCAAUCAUCUCUGCUGUCCGUUUGGCUGAAUGGGCCGUGAACACUCAUCUCUGCUGUCAAAAGCUGAAAAUGACUGAAACGUUUUUCUGGCCUUUUCACUAGCCGCAACGUCAGAGGACGUCUCCACGGAAACUAUAGACAUUUAUCACAGGUACGGGCAGCGCUGAAUGAAGAGAGAUGGGAGAGAGCAAGGCUGGUGCUCAGUGCAGUCCCGUUUCAAUGUUUUAAUGUCAUCUGGUUCAUUUUAUAAACUGUAUAUAUUUGACGUAAUUGCUAGAAUUACUUUAAACUGUAAAGUGCAGUACCAGUCAAAAGUCUGGACACACCUACUCAUUCCAGGGUAUUUCUUUAUUUGUACUGUUUUCUACAUUGUAGAAUAAUAGUGAAGACAUCAAAACUAUGACAUAACACAU